AAAGCUUCGACUUUGCAGUUGUGUGUUGUGAGAACCAAUCCAGGUCACUGAUCUUCUUCUAAUUUCAAUUCUUCAUUCCGACCCGGUUGCCCACUGAUUUUCUAGCUUUGUCUUCGUUAGCAAUAAAAAGAAGCACGUGACACUAUACCAAGCACCAAGCAAGGCGCUCCCCAACGCUCGGCCGAAGAGAUAGUGCCAACUACGUGCCGGAUAGAGCCGCGCUGGAGAAGAAACGCUGGAUAUUUAAGAACCCACCGAAACAAAAAGAAAAGUUUUUGCAAGCACGGCAGACACCAUGGCGAACAAACUAGAUGCGAUGAAGCCGCAAAGGAAGAUUGAACUGUUUUCCGGGUCCUACUUUGCGGCAUGUACAUUGGGUGGGAUUAUCGCGUGCGGCCCUACGCACACCAUGGUUACCCCUCUUGAUCUGGUGAAAUGCCGGCGCCAAGUCGAUUCUUCCCUCUACAAGUCCAACACACAAGCCUGGAAAAUGAUCUACUCCAAAGAAGGUCUCCGCGGCGUCUUCUUCGGUUGGACCCCCACCUUCAUUGGCUACUCGAUGCAAGGCGCUGGCAAGUAUGGUUUCUACGAAAUCUUCAAGUACCUUUACGGUGAUAAGCUUGCGCCUGGUGCACCAAAGCAGGUUGUUUUCCUUGCUGCCUCUGCUUCGGCAGAGUUUCUUGCUGAUAUUGCGCUCUGCCCUAUGGAGGCUAUCAAAGUCCGCAUGCAGACUACCCUGCCCCCAUUUGCGCAUACGUUGAGGGAAGGAUGGGCAAAAGUCAUCAAGGAGGAGGGUGUUGGUGGCCUGUACAAGGGACUAUACCCACUGUGGGCGCGCCAGAUUCCGUACACUAUGGUCAAGUUUGCGACGUUCGAGGAGACAGUCACCCAGAUCUAUCGCUUCUUGGGCAAGCCGAAGGAAUCGUACGGUGGGCUGCAGCAGACUGGAGUCUCGUUUUUGGGAGGUUACAUUGCGGGUAUCGGAUGUGCCGUUGUAUCGCAUCCCGCAGAUGUCAUGGUGUCGAAACUCAACAACGACCGCAAGCCUGGUGAGGGAGCGGGCCAGGCGAUCGGCAGAAUAUACGGCAAGAUUGGCUUUACUGGUUUGUGGAACGGACUUCCUGUCCGCAUCUUCAUGAUUGGUACUCUGACUGCCUUCCAAUGGCUCAUUUACGACUCUUUCAAAGUCUAUCUCGGUCUGCCUACGACUGGAGGACACUAGAUAUUCUUUUCUUUGGAAUAUUGGUAACGUGAUAUGAAUUCCGGUGUAUGACGUACGUUAAUGAAGAGUAAAUGAUUAUCGCGUAUACAUCUACUCACCCAGCUUUAAUGUAUCUACUAUUUUUUAUUCCAAAAAAAAGUAAUUCAAUCGACAGACGGCAACCCGCCAUUCCCCUUUGCCUCAGAA